AUGUGGGCUGGUGGGGUUUUGUUUUUAACGAUAUGGAUAGUUGGGAGCGAUGCGUCCCGAUCCCACUACAACAACCAGUCGGCGCACGAGCUGACGCCGCCGCCGGACGAAAUCGCGCCGAUGCUGCCCGACGAAGGGUUCCAGGGGUCCACCGUCAUCGCCGGCAUGAGGCCAGACAGCUUCGGCCAGUUCUUUAACUUCUUGGACGGAGACAGCUUUGGCAUAGGCCCAAUGCACGAAUUCGUCUACGGCUGGCAAGCCAUAGUGAACACUAUGAGUAUGAAGAACAACGUCGAGGUUCGCAAGCGAGCCGGCUUGCAGCGCUUCGCCCUAGCAGGCAUCAAUGGUAUUACCCUCGUCUCCCAUAUUGGAGUGACGGAGAUCAUGAUCAAUGGGACAAGGACGUACUGUUUCGGAGGCGCCUCAAGGCCACCUGGCCGAAGGAGUGUUAUUUGCAAGGGUGCGAUGUAUCAAGAAGCUAGAUUCACAUGCAAAGUGCCGUAUCUGCGGUAUCCCACAGUUCUGGGGUACAAAUAUUGCAUUGAAAAGUAUGCUGCAGUGGCGACCCUUGAUGGCUCAUACAAAACCACGUAUUGUGCUCGCGGAGAAUCCGUACCAAAGUUUCAUUACGACUACAUCUGCGAACGACGCGACAUCAAAAUAAAACGAAUUAAUUUAACGGACCCCAAUGAAAGGUUCAAUAUUCGAAACCCGGUCGUGCGCAGAGCAGAAUAUUAUAGAGCCCCGUAUGAUAUUCUGAAGGCUUGUCCAGAUUGGUACGGUUGCCACUUGCGCAUUUCUCCAGAAGAUCUGGAAGUAGAAGUGCCUCCCGGCCUGAUGGAUGCCAAUGAGACUGCUUUCGUGGGGAGUGGAGGAAGAUAUUGGCUUUCCUUAUAUUAUACUCAGCUGUCUACGUAUGCAGUUUAUUUCCAGGCCCACGGAGAGUAUCCGUGGCAAUCGAACCGGCCAAUUGUGUCCAUUGACAAAGGUGGCAUAUGGGAGCAGCUCCUGAAGGCCAAUAUUGGUCCAGACAUGAAUCUGCAUUACAAUUUGAAUGGAAUUUACAAUAGAUUCCCAGGUGCAGCCCCGGUUGCGCCUGAUCUGAUGAGAAAUGAUGGCCAGGUUCAACCAGCCAACUUUAGAACUGACACACGCGACCCGGGGGGCGAGGAUAUCCUCCUUGCGAAUCCACAUAAUGCAGAUCCUGGGAACAUUAUCUAAUGGCAAAAUAACAAGGGUGAUGCAGGUCUUCGUGGUUUCAGGUCAUCUAAUUCUGAUAGAAAGAAACAUUUGUAAUUAAACACGAAUAAAAUUAUUGACUGAUUGG